AUGGUGUAUUGCGGAAAGCCCUCUCGAGGGUGUCAGAUGUGCCGGUCCAGGCGGAUAAAGUGUGACGAAACAAAGCCUACUUGCAACCAGUGUGCCAAGUCACGGAGACAAUGUCCUGGUUACAAAGACGAAUUCGACCUCGUCUUCCGCAAUGAGACACAAGCCACGGAACGCAGGGCUCGUAAGGCUAGCAAAAAAGCCAACAACAAAGAUGCUCAGCAACAGGGAUCGGCCCACGAUACCGCUGAUUCUGGAAUGAAUGUCUUCUCAACGACGGGCCAGACAAUGUCUCUUAUGCCCAGGCCGCCUGUCAAGCAGGAGGCUGACUGUUAUUUCCUGGCAAAUUUUGUGAUGACGCCGUCGGAGACGAGAGGGACUCGCGGCUUCUCCGACUGGAUCGUCCCCAUGAUGCAGCAUUCUGGAGGUCAGGUCGACAACCACCUUCAGUACGCAUUCAACGCAUGCAGCAUAGCCCUGUUGAACAACAAGAGCGGUUCUCUGAACCGGCUUAACGAAAAGGCCCUCUUUGAGUACACAAGGGCUCUCUCGGCAACAAAUGCGGCUCUACGAGACCCAAAAACUCAGAUGUCUGACUCUACUCUGGCGGCCGUUUUGCUACUAGGGCAAUAUGAGAACAUCACUGCAAGGAAAAUCGGCACGUUGUCUUGGGGCUCUCACAUAGAAGGCGCAAUGCAAAUCGUGAAAGCUCGCGGCAAGAAACAGCUGCAAAGUGAAGUCGGCCGUUUACUUUUCGUCAGUGUGCGGGCUAUGAUGAUCAUUCAUGCAAUCACUUCAGGUCAACCACCACCCAUGGGGGCCGAUUGGUGGAUUGCUGACGCGGCACGAGAUGAAUCCUCAACUCUUUGUCAACGCUUUGCAAUCAAGGCUGCCGAAAUCCGAGCUGAAGUAGCCAGAGUCAUGUCGACAAUGCAGCGCACGAGUACUUCCACAAAGAUCAUGAUGGCAAUCAUCCGGAAAUGUCAGCAGCUUGAUCUUGACAUCCAGUCCUGGAUGCAAACACGUCCAGAGAACUGGCAGUGCAAGACAGUGGCCUGGGAAUCGAGCAUCCCAAGCAACGGUGACUAUUCGAAAUUGGAGGUCUUCCCUGGGCGAAUCGACGUCUUUGCCGACCUCUACGUUGCAAGUACAUGGAGCUUGGCCAGGACGACGCGGAUGCUCAUGGCCACCACUAUCAUGAGGUGUGCUGCCUGGGUCGUUGCACCUGUGGACUAUAGAACAACUUCGGAGUACGCCACGUCAUCUCGCAUCUGCAUUGAUAUGGUCACCGACAUCAUCGCUUCGAUACCGUUCCACUUUGGCCUGCGGCAAAGACGGCCCAGCUUGUUUGACGGCUCCACCGAUACUUCUUUUGCCUGCGGCGACGGGAUGGGUACUUCUGCUUUGGCAGGGUAUCUCGCAGUGUGGCCGCUUGGUCAUAUAUAUCACUCGGACUUCUCCACAGAUAACCAGGUUGCAUGGGUUGGUGGACGACUCAAGUACAUUGGUGAUGUGCUUGGAAUCAAGUACGCACUAAUUGUUCGAUCGCUCCGGCUCAAACUACCUUCCGGCCUGAUCCGGCGCGACGGCUACUCUUUGGUUCAAAACUCGCACAACAUCCUCGGUAUCUUGCAAGGUAAGGUGCCCGCGCCGGCAGGCACUGCGCCAACGACCAUGACACCAAACCAUGCUUUGCCGUCUUCGACGGGAGGGACGCAUGGCAAAGUGGAAUGA